GUCGUCACAUUCAGACGUGCCAAGGAAAGGCCAUGUCCGGCAGCUCGAACCCCGUGGAGCGUCUUCCCGACCCGAACCUCAAGGCAACGUUUUGUCCUCACCCCACGACGUCGCGCGGCAGCCCGAGCGUGAUCGGGGUCCACCCGAAGGAACCCAAGAUCGUGUACUGCACGGGCAAACUCGUCGUCGUGCGUGACUUGGCGAACCCUGCCGAUUGCUUGUUGUACAAAGGCCACAACGAUGCGACGACGGUUGCGAAGUUUUCUCCGAAUGGAUAUUGGGUCGCGUCCGCCGACAUCGCCGGCAAAGUCCGCGUUUGGUCGUACGACAACCCGGAACACACCCUCAAGGUGGAAGUGCCUGUUUUCGCCGGCGAAGUCAAGGACUUGAGUUGGGACCCUGAGAGCAAGCGCAUUGUGGCCGUUGGAGAUGGUCGCACGGUGUCGUCGCGCGUGUUCAUGUGGGAUACGGGCAACAGCAUCGGUGAAAUUGUUGGCCACAUGAAGCGAAUCAUGAGUGUCGACUACAAGCCGACGCGCCCAUUCCGCAUCUUGACGGCGUCGGAAGACUCUACGAUCCGCGCGUUCGAAGGCCCGCCAUUCAAAUUCAAGCACUCGAUUCCCGCGCACUCGAACUUUGCCAACUGCGUUCGAUACUCCCCCGAUGGCAUUCACGCUGUUAGUGUCGGAUCCGACAAGGGCAUGGUCCUAUACGACGCCAAGUCGAGUGAAAAACUCGCCAGCUUUCCUGUCGAACAUGCUGUCUCGAUCUACUCGGUUGCUUGGAGCCCCGAUAGCAAGCAGCUCUUGACCGCGUCUGGCGAUAAAACAGUCAAGCUGUGGGAUGUCGGGACUAUGUCCGUUGUGACGACGUUCACGUUUGGGUCUGGUGCGAUCGAAGACAUGCAAGUGGCUGUCGUGUGGGUCGGAGACUUUCUCGUGUCUCUCUCGCUCUCGGGCGACCUGAACUACCUCGACGUGACUCGCCCUGACACGCCCCUUCGCGUUGUGCAAGGCCAUCAAGUGAGCCUUCAAGCUCUUGCCGUCGACGCGGACACUGGUGUCCUUGUCACGGGAAGCUACGACGGCGCCGUUGUUGCUUGGCAUGCGACGUCUGGACGUCGGUUCACCGGCGCCGCGCAUACGGCCAAGGUCACUUCGAUCGACGUGCACCGCGGGAUCGUAGCCAGUGGUGGCUGGGACGAUGUGGUGCGGUUUGGGUCGGUCGUCGACACGGCGUACUCGGGCAGCGUCGGCCUCAACGGCGCCCAGCCGUCGGACGUGGCGCUCGCAACACACGCCGCGUCCGGCGCUGUCUUGUGCGCGGUGGCAACCAACAAGGGUGUCAAGCUCCUCGUGAACGGCGCACUCGCGUUUGAAUCGUCGGCUACGGCUACGUGGACCCCUACCAGUGUAGCGAUGACGCCGUCUGGGGAACAAGUGGCUUUGGGUGGCGACGAAGACCGCCGCGUUCAUGUGUUCCACGUGGUCUCGAAUGGAGAGACAUGGUCUUUGGUGGAGCGCGACGACAUGGCGCUGACGCACAACGGGUCGAUCACGACGCUUGCGUAUUCCCCAGACGGGACCCUCUUGGCGGUCGGCGAUGCGGGGCGUGAAGUUCGUGUUUGGGAUGCGAAGGACGGAUCCCUUCGUGUCGGUGGCCAGUGGGUGCACCACACGACGCGCAUUUCGACGGUCGCGUGGAACCCGAGCGGCACGCACGUGGCGUCGGGGGCAUCGGACGAGCACAUUUUCGUGUGGAAUGUUGACCAACCUGCCAACCGGCACAAGUUUGAAAACGCCCAUCGCGAUGGCGUGAUGAGCGUCAAGUUCGUCGCCGACGAUCAGCUCGUCUCGGUUGGGAACGACGCGGCGAUCCACACGUGGCAAGUGCCAUCCGUCUAAGCAUUGCAUCGCUGCGACACAGGGUCGACACACGCGUGAUCGAGACCAUCUUGACUGGAUAAGAGGAA